CUGACAAACAGUUCAAUGUGGUCAUCUGUCUCAGCUGUAAGAGCACCUACUGAUAUAUUCUUCAACUCGGUCUAACUGCAGAAAUGCUUUCACCUGGAGCCACCCUACAAGGCACGUCUGCAGAGCAGAUUUCCAAAACCAUCAAUGCUGCCAGAAGUAUGGUGAUUGUCAUAUCCAACCAUACAACUAAAUACCUGACUAAUCCAAAGUACUACUGUUACACUGGAUAUAAUUACACCCCACUUCAGCCGACAAUCGAGCCAAAAAUGAGAGAGGCCUGUUCCUUUAGCAAACAUGCUGACUCGAAUUCUGGAAGUGUGGGAGUGAUGACCUAUAAUAUCUGUGAGUUACAAGCACACAAAGGCUUUAAGAAACUUGCCAUCAUGUUCAGUGUGCCCAACGAUUAUAAUAAGUAUGAGAACUGGUUUGCAGUGGGGCUCUAUGAUAUUGGUAAAGAUUGUGAUGAUGGUCUGUACCAAGAAAUGUACUACAGUGACAACCAAGAUUUUAAAAGAGCUAAAGCAAAAGAUUGCUUCUUGAAGCAUAUUUCUGAAGGCUACCAGGUCAAUGCAACAAUGUCUAAUGCUAGCCAGUCAAUCAUACAACUGGAAUUGUGGGAGGGCAGUGGUUCUCACAAUUAAGAACAUAAAUAAAAUCAAGCCAGCCUUACAUUAGUUAGGAG